AUGAUCCUUCGCGUCCUCACGUACGAUAUGAAGCACAUGUCUGCCGCCUCGUCCACGGACGCAAAGCUGGCGUAUCGCGACCACCUCGUGGGCCUCGACAGCGCCUUCAGCGCCAGCUCAAGGAAUUUGUUAUGCUUGCUGGAUGCGCCGCCCCGAUCAGUCCGCGGGGUGAUUCACAUCUGCUGCACCGUGGUGUUCCAGGUGGCCGCGGCGAUGAAGAGCGGGCUGUUCCGGAAGCUUGCCAACAUCUCGAACCUCCAAAGCAAAGCUCAAAAACGCGUUAUCAUCCCACUGUGGAGUAUCUCCUUGGAGCGUUUCGCCUGGCUCGUCCAGGAGAACAUCCCAGAUUGGAGCCAGUUCGUGAAAGCGUUGUCAGGAAUGCGUGUGAAGACGCGCAGGUCCGUGUUCAGUAUCGAAAAAGAGAAGGAUGAUCAGGAGAUGGAGGUGCCUCGUGUUCGAGCACGGCUGUGGCUGCUGGCGCUGUGCCCAUGUUAUUCCAUCCCGACUAUGCGCAGGGUAUCUGGGGACGACCCCCUCAGGCCGACUUGCGAGACCUAUGACGAUCCCUUUGACGAUCUCAAGGAUGUCCGCAUCUACGGCCUGGUUUAUUAUGGGCGGCGAACCUACGUCGACAUCCUUAACGCAUACCUCGAGCGCGACCUCCGUGCGAACGGCGGUGUGCUGGAUCUCGGCUGGGCGGAGCAGGGGGCGGGGCGAGGGAGGUGGCCUUCUAAGCAGGCGCCCCGCCUCUUGGAAUCCCCCCUGCCCUCUAAGAAGCCUUCUUUCGAAGCCUCCGAGAUGGGGCCGAUCUCUUCCAUGAAGCCCCCGUGCCUUCUUUACAAGGCAGCCUUGCGCGCCUCGCCCCCUCCUGCGCGCCGCCAAGGACGGGAUCAUCUGGGCCAUGGUGAAGUACACCAUGGAGGACCUGAACUAUUUGGCCAUGCUUCAGAAACGGAACCCUACGUCGUACAUUAUUCCAAAAUCCCCUGGCACAUGGAGGGCGGCGCCUGGGACGUCAUCUGGCGGCUCGCGGACGAGCCCGGCGCCUACUAUGUCAAGAUAGACGACGACACCACCUACAUCGCACCAGGCGCGUUCGCGGAGAUGGUGCGGGAGAAGCGCCGUGGGAGGUUCUUGUUCGUCGCCGCCAACAUCGUCAACCACGGCAUCCUCUCCGCAGUCCACCAGGAGAUCGCGGCGAUACCAGACCUGGAGAAGCCUCAAAUCCCCGAGGGCGCGGACUGGUACGAGCAGAAGCUGGGCCCCUGGCGAUACCGAGGGGACGUCAUGACAGACCCGGGCUACCGGAUCCAGCACAGCAUCUAUAACGACUGCGUCUGGCGCAGGUGGGACUGCGCCGCCCUGGUGCACGAGGCCCUGCUGUGGCGGCUGGAGAACAACUCGUCGUGCGCCUUCGACUUCGGCGUUUAUGAUUUCCAUUCCCAAGGGUACGAGCUCUGGUUCGAUGGCAUCAGCCGUACUAUCGAUUGGAACGACAAUUUCUUUGUGUUCAAGCACGAGGACUUUGACGACCUCGACUGGGAAGGCGUCGCCACCGACGACGAGCGGGAGUUGAGCACGCUGCACCCCAAGCGCCGACAACAGCACGCGGCGGCGCUCGGGCGUGCGAUCGUCGCCCAUUGGACGUUCUCUGUGCAGGAGAAGGGGCUGCUGGCCAACACGACGUUGCUGGAUCGGUACCGUGCCAGGGCGGAGGUUCUCAUGCAGGAGAACGCCGAGCGCUUCUACGGCGGCGCUGGCCCUGAGGCGCGCUCUGGAGGGUGGCGGGGUGGACGCCGCUGCGCCCGCCGCGGCCCUGCAAGGGGCGCUGAAUCAUAUUGA